AAAGAUUUUAAUUAUUAUUUGAAAUGACUAAAAAGACAAAGAAGGUAGGAAUUACAGGAAAAUAUGGAACAAGAUAUGGUGCAUCAUUAAGAAAGAUUAUAAAGAAGUUUGAAAUUUCAUAGCAUUAAAGAUAUUUCAAUACAUUUACUGGGGCUGUAUGAAAUAUAUUAUAAUAAAUAGCAUUCAUUAAAGAGAUAAGCAAUAGGUAUUUGGAGAUGUACAUAAACAGGUUUAUAAAUAGCUGGUGGUGCUUGGGAAGUUAAGUAAUAUAAUUAACAAUUAUAGUACACCUGCUGGAUUAUCUGCAAAAUAAGGAAUGUUAAGAAUCAAAAAAUUGAAAGAAGAUGCUGAAGUAGAAGUAAAAGAUGAAAAGAAAGAUUAAAAGAAAUAAUAACCUAAAGAGUAAUAAACAAAAGAAAAAGAAACAAAGAAAUCAUAACCUAAAAAAUAAUAAGCAAAGAAACAAUGAGUAUAUAUUAAUACAAU